AGGUGUUGCCUAGCAGAAAACCAUGGGCAAUUUCAAAGGGCAUGCCCUCCCUGGAAGCUUUUUUCUUCUUUUUGGCUUAUGGUGGUCAGUGAAGUACCCACUGAAGUACGCCUGUCGAAAAAACAAGAACGCUUGCUACUUCGGUUCCAGGGCAGGAUUUCAGCGCCUGGAGUUUGUUGAGGGGAUCAUCAAAGCCGCCUUUGCCCUCAUUGGAAUGGUGGCUGAGCAGUUUGUUCCUGAUGGACCUCAUCUGAAGUUGUAUAACUAUGAGAAAAAGCACUGGGAUCACCUGAUGAACUGGCAACACGCCACCAUGUACCUCUUCUAUGGCAUUUCUGGGUUGGUUGACAUUGUGGCACAUGGGACCAAUGCAUUGCCAGCAGCCACAGACAGGAUGAUGCUUUCCUUGGCAGUCUUUAUUGAAGGUUUUCUCUUCUGCUACCAUCUCCAUGGGAGAGCUAUGCUGGAUGUUCAUGUUCAUCAGUUACUGCUAUUUGCUAUCUUUGGAGCUGCUGCCUGCAUAUUUUUGGAAGUUUUCUUCCGUGGCAGUAUUGUGCUAGAAAUGCUCCGUACAAGCCUCUGCAUAUUACAAGGCAGCUGGUUCUGGCAGAUUGGCUUUGUACUUUACCCUCCAAAUGGGAGCCCAGAGUGGAAUCAAACAGAUCAUACUAAUAUGAUGUUCCUGACCAUGUGCUAUUGCUGGCAUUAUGCCUUUGCUUUUCUUAUACUUGCAGUGAAUUACACAAUUGUCAGCUGGGCAGUUCGUUCAAAGGUUAAACGGUCCCAAUCCAUGGAAAUGGGUUUACUGAAAACAUGUGAACGAGAUCAUGAGUCAGAAGAUGAAAUUUAGUAUGAAUAUGGCUUACCUGCUCAACUAUUAGGCUAAUUGAUACCUCAUUUCUACCUUUUUUUGCCAUCUUAUUCAUUCAUUACUACAACUUGCUAUGCAAUUAUCAUUCCCCUAUGAUGUCUACAUCUACACUGUUACAUCUUUAUUUUUGGAGGGUAAGCUUGGUAUCAGUUUGCAGUGGUUGCACUAGUACUCCAAAGAAAAUUCAACUAAUAUUAGACUGACUUGGAGCGUAUGAGGUGGCACAAUGAAGUCUGCACGUUGCUUUACUAAAAGCUAAGCAAAAUGUUUUUCAGCUGCCACUGAACAUACUUUUAAGUUUCCAUAAUUAGGGUGUCCAAAUAUGCAUGUUUACUGCCCUGCAAGUAACUGUGCAUAAAUAACUGUGCAGACCUGGAAGACAUUAGAACAAGAUAAAACCCCCAGAAUCUUCCAUUUGCCUUGUGUCUCUGCUUGGGGCUUUAUGCUAAACAGAAAGAACUUCUCGCUGCAAACCCAUUCAUGGUUCCUUGAAGAGUGUGUAGUGUGUUCACUCCUACAGAGACACUACCAGGAUUGGUAGGAAGACCAAAGAGGUCUAUGAAGAUCAAAAGCCACUGCAGUUAUUCAUUCUUAUGCCUAGACAGUCCUGUCUUUCUGCUAUCAUUUGAUUCUGUAAGGCAGUGGAAGUGACUCUGCCUUCCCUUGGCUCCUGGAGCAACUUCUUUUCCAGAAAGGCUGAGAGAUGUCCAGUCAGGCAGCAGCUGAAGGAAACUUUCUUUCCCAAAGAUAUUUCCUUCCUUUGGUGAAAUUAAGUGGUUUUUCUGCAGGAUUCAGAGCAGACACGUGACCCAGAACUUGGGUCAGGAGUGGACAAUGCUGAUCUGUGGGCAGGAUAAGAUGGUUUUGAAUCCUUUUCCCUGUGUCACCCCUGCAGUCACCAGGCAGCCUGCUCAGUGCUGCACAGUGAGCUGAGGGGGAAGGGGAGGCAGAUGUUGCUUGCACAGAAGCUUCAUGCCCAACUAUCCACAGCAGCAAGUGAAUUAAAAAAUAAUAUUAGUUUUAAUUGCAUUUGUUUUCUCCAUUAAAACUGAAGUCUUGAUCUAGUGAAAAGCAGAGUGUUCUUCCCAGUGUUCCAUGUCACUUGGGAUGUGUUCCAGCUUCAAGAAAAGAGAAAUAACUGGCUUGUGGUAAAAGACAUCAGAAAAUGAUGUUGUACAAAAGCACACUGCCCCUAAGACUUUCAAAGCAUCACUCUGGCUCUAAAUACAUGUUUUGAAUGACUGGCAUGGGCAAGUUGUGGCACAGCUCUGUUUUCCAGAGGACUGAUGUGGGAUGCAUGCUGCUGGCCAUUUUACAUAUUCAUCAGCAGUAAGGUGGCCAUGGUCAGGUGGUCUUGCCAGAAAACAGCCUCUCCCCUCUACAGCUCCUUCUAAAAAAAUGUAUUUUGUAAUUUUUUUUGGACACAUGCUAGUGCAGGACAACAAAUUCUGUUCAAAUAGUGCCAGUUUGUCAGGUUUGGUCCUGCAAAAGGGUGUUUCUUCUGUUACUCAAAUAUUACCAGAUGCUCUUCAGGGAAUGCAGAGCUGGACUGUGGUAGAUGAAUGACAGUUGUAGGAUCUGGUGCCUCCACUUUGUUGAGUUUUUCUCUUCUCUUUGCAUUAGAGAAGGUGGCAUCACAUUAUUAAACUUGAAGAAAUGCAAGGGAAAACAGAUAUUGAAGUCUCAAAGAAACAGUAGGCUCUUGAAUUUAAUUUUUAAUACUUAGAGUACACACAAAGUGAGUGUCAUAGUGGGGUUUUGUGCCUGAUGUAUUUAUGGUGCCACAAAAGAAAAGAAACACCCUGUUUCAGGGCGGGUUUUUUUUAUGGGGCGGGGUUUAUUUACGUAGGACACCUGACCCAUUCCUUUCAAUCCAUGUUUAAAAGAGAUUCCCAGGAACAGUAUUGGAACUAUUACAGUGAAAAAGGUACAGCCUCCAUCAUUUCAUUAGCAACAGAUAUUGUUUGAGUUGAAUGAGGAGAGGGAAGUUUAACAAGUUUACAAACACCACUCAGAAAAAGGUAGCUGCUCUCAAGAAAAUUUAAAUUAUUUUUAAAUAAUGGAGCCUUUGAAAAACUAUAUGGUAGUUUUUAGUAGACA